UUGCUUGAAUAUUGAAUUUUGGCGGUUGAAAUUAUAUUUAUUAUUAUGAUUUUAUUUCUAAUUCUUUUGAAAUAAAGCUUAUUACUAUAUUAAUUGUUUUAGCAGCUAUAACUAAAAGAGCUCAAAUUCCCUUUUCUUCUUGACUUCCUGCAGCUAUGGCUGCUCCUACUCCUGUUUCUGCUUUGGUUCAUUCUUCUACUCUUGUUACUGCUGGGGUUUAUUUAUUAAUUCGUUUUAGACCAAUAUUAGAUACUUAUAAUUGUGGUUGAUUCUUACUUUUAAUUGGUUGUAUAACUAUGUUUAUGGCCGGUUUGGGUGCAAAUUUUGAAUUUGAUUUGAAGAAAAUUAUUGCUCUUUCUACUUUAAGACAACUUGGUUUAAUAAUAAGAAUUUUGGCUAUGGGUUAUCCAAAACUUGCAUUUUUUCAUUUAUUAGCUCAUGCUUUAUUUAAGGCUUUAUUGUUUAUGUGUGCAGGUUCAAUAAUUCAUAAUUUAAAGGAUUCUCAGGAUAUUCGUUUUAUAGGUUCAAUUGUUAAUUUUAUGCCUUUAACUUCAGUUUGUUUUAAUGUUUCUAGUUUAUCUUUGUGUGGUAUACCAUUUUUAGCAGGUUUUUAUUCAAAGGAUUUAAUUCUUGAGAUGGUUUGUUUAAGAUGAAUUAAUUGUUUGAUUUUUUUUCUUUAUUUCUUUUCUACUGGUUUAACUGCUUCUUAUUCCUUUCGUCUUUUUUAUUAUUCAAUAUCUGGUGACAAUAAUUUUUAUUCUAGAUUUUCUUUUGACGAUAAGGGUUAUUAUAUUUCUUUUGGUAUAAUUGGUUUAUUGUUUGUUUCUGUUUUUGGUGGUAGCCUUUUGUCUUGGUUAAUUUUUCCUGUUCCUCAUGUGAUUGCCCUGCCUUAUUAUUUGAAGUUUUUAACUAUUACUGUAGUUGUUUUAGGUGCUUAUUUGGGUUAUCUUAUUUCUAAUUUUGAUUUUUCUCAAAAUUUAUUUUCUUUAAGUAUGCUUUCUUUUGUUAGAUUUGCUGGUUCUAUGUGGUUUAUACCUUUCAUUUCAACUAAGUUUAUUAGAUAUUUUCCUUUAAAAUUGGGUUAUUAUUCAUCAAAGUCAUUUGAUUAUGGUUGAGGUGAAUUAUUUGGUGGUCAAGGUUUAUAUAGACUAUUUAUUUAUUUAAUUAGUUAUAUACAAGGUUGAUAUGAUUCUAAUUUUAAGAUUUAUCUUUUAACUUUUAUUUUUUGAAUAUUUAUUUUGGUGGUAUUAUUUUUCGUUUA